UUUCAUUUGGACUAUAAAAGUCGUGCUAAUGAAUGGCAAUAAAAUAUCAGAGUCGAGAUUAAGGAGGCCACAAUCAUGGAGGUUCUCUACACUUCCCUCUUCCUGAUCUCAUUAAUCAUCCUCUUCCUCACGCUCAAGAUCUCCCAUGCGAAGCAGCGUGGCAGAGAACCCCCAGGGCCAUGGAACCUCCCCAUCCUCGGCAGUCUCCACCGCGUCGUCGGCCGGCAACCUCCUCACCACUCCUUCCGCAACCUCUCCGCCGUCUACGGCCCCAUCAUGCGCCUCAAGCUCGGGGAAAUACAAGCCGUCAUCAUCUCCUCCGCCGAAGCCGCCAGAGAAAUCUUGAAGACCCACGAAAUCUACUUCGCCUCACGCCCCGUCAACGACUCCGUUAACGCCAUCUUCUACAACGCCAACAACAUCUUAUUCGGCCGCCACGGCGAAUUCUGGCGCGAGAUGCGGCGGCUAUGCACCAUGGAGUUGCUCAGCACGAAGCGCGUUCGGUCGUUCAGGGCUGUGAGGGAGGAGGAGGUAUCUCAUCUCGUCGAAUUCUUAGCGGCUUCUUCCGGUGAUCUUGUCAAUAUUAGCAGUAAGAUGGCAGAGACUGGCAAUAACAUCAUGGCUCGGGCGGCGAUUGGGGGUCGAUGCGACGACCAGAAGAUGUUCUUAUCGGCGCUGGGCGAUGCGGUAGAAUUUUUGUCGGGAUUCACCAUUGUGGAUUUGUUCCCCUCCAUGCCGUUCAUAGGUCGGAUUACCGGAUUUCGACGCAGGCUUGAGCAAUGCCAGAAGACUCUGGAUCUAAUGGCUGAAAAGAUUGUUGAAGAACACAGGGAGAAAAGGGCCAAACGCUUCUCUGAAAAUGACGAUCAGGAAGAGGAUCUCACUGAUGUUCUUCUGAGGGUUCAACGGGAAGACAGCCUUCAAUUCACACUCUCCGACGACAACAUCAAGGCUGUAAUCAACGACAUGCUAAUGGCCGGGAGCGAGACAACUUCGACAACACUAGAAUGGGCCAUGUCGGAGAUGGUUCGAAACCCGACUGUAAUGAAAAAGGCACAAAGGGAGGUCAGGGAAGUCAUCGGGGGUAGCGGCGGCAGACUGGCCGGAAAGGUUGUAGAUGAGGAGUUGAUAAGUGGCAAGCUAACAUACUUGCAACAAGUGAUCAAGGAGACGCUCCGAUUGCACCCACCAGGGCCUCUACUAUUGCCUCGAGAAAACCAGGAGAGUAGAGAGAUUUUGGGUUAUGUCAUACCAGCCAAGACUAACGUGAUGGUUAAUAUGUGGGCGAUAGGAAGGGAAGAAAAAUACUGGGGCGAUCCAGAGAAUUUUCGGCCGGAGAGGUUCGAAGAGAGGAUUGUAGAUUUUAAGGGUGGCCACUUUGAAUACUUGCCAUUUGGGGCAGGAAGGCGAAUAUGUCCAGGGAUGCAGUUUGCCUUGUUCAUUUUGGAGAUUGUUCUGGCGCAUUUGCUCUACUAUUUUGACUGGAAGUUUUUGGGAAACAAAGGGGAGAAGCUGGAUAUGCGAGAAGCUUUUGGUCUCACGACGAGGAGGAAGUCUCCUCUUUGCUUGGUUCCCACCCUUCGAUUUCCUACUUCUCAGACUGAUUUGGCCAUCUCGAUGGGAUGAGCAUUUGUAAAAGUAUCAGUGCAAUUUAAGAACUCAUCCACCGAUGUUUAGUUUGGUUGGUAGAGGAGUACGGUUGGGAACCUUUCAACCCGUGUUACGUGGGAUCCAAUCAAGUGCGGGUCAGGAGGUUUCUGGGAUGGGUGCCUCUUUUAGAUCAGCCGAGCAUUAGUUACACCACCAAAUGCCCAUUCAUGAGUGAUAGCGGGUGGAUAUCUCAUUCAAAACAAAAAAAAAAUUUAGAACUUUAAAGCUCAUCUUAAUUACCAUAUUAUAUGUCGUAAUAUAUUUGCAUAAUUUGUUUUC